AGAAGGGAGAGAAGUGAAAGGAAACGACGGUUGACGGUUGGCGCGCGGCUUGCAAAGAUACAUCUCCUGUAGGUUGUAGGUGGUGAUGUAUAUUUGCACCGUGGAAUGUUGUAUUUUAUAUCUUCAGGGACUGAGAGGUAAUUUUUUCUACAUCUACAUGAGAAGUGUUUUUGGAGCUGAAGAUGAAAAAUUAGGUAUUUCUACGCCUUCUAUUGCGGAUGCUCUUACGAUUCACAGAGCAGUUCGCUGCUUUACUGUCCCGGGUGGUCUGCGCUGUUCUUUCUUGAUUUAGAUAAGAAGAGUUGAGAUCCCAUUUUCGGCCUGUGGUGGGGGGGCACUCUGCCCGACGGAUCUCGCGGACAAGCGCAGCGCGGUGCCGGUGCCGGUGCCAGCUACGGAAAAAUAACGUGGGGAGUGCGGUGCAGGCAAAGCCGGGCAAGGGGACAGAACAGAAAAGGAACGAGAGACAUUCAGACACUCUCCAAGCGCUGGCUGGCCUCACCCUCAGUCACUGGUCACUGCCCAGUAGCCAGCUGCUCCUGCAACCUGCUGCGCUCCCACGCGGACGAAGCGACGGCCGGACACGGACCGGCUCGGCCUCCCUGUCCCCGAAAUUAAAGCGGAGCACGGCCAUGGGAGCACCGGCUCGCCGCUAGCCCAUGCGGGCGGUUGGGGCUGGCCGCGGACAGCCGCUGGCUCUGCUAGCUAGCUCGUGGCCAUGGGGAGGAGCGGCGAGGGGCCGGCGCUGCCGCGGCGGCAGCGGGCGGGGCCGGGGGCGGGGGCGAAGGGGAAGCCGCCGCGCGGUGGCGCCGCGCAGCGGUUCGCGCUGUCGGUGUGCUUCCUGCUGAUCCCGGCCGUGCUGCUCCUGCAGCGGCGGCAAGCCGGGCCGGCGCCGGAGUGGCUCUUCCGGGGGGAUCUCUUCCUGCCGGAGGUGAGCCGAGAUAUAAGAGAUGAUAUGCCUGAUGAUUUAUCUCCAUCGGCACAAAUUGAUUAUGACAGACUUCUGGGUGGCCUUCUGAUCGAGGGAUUUGAUGAAAGAUCGUGUCGCAGCAGGUACCAGUUUGCACGUUAUCACAGGAAUGCAGCAAGAGUACUUUCUCCAUACCUCAUAGAAAGAUUAAGGAGACAAGAAGCACUGCAGAAGAAGUGUGGUCCAGGCACCAAAUCAUACAACAAUGCUGUAAAACAGCUCAGGUCCACUCAGAGCAUCAACGGCACAUCGGAUUGCAACUAUCUCUUCUUGAUAAUCCAUGCCGGGAUGGGUAACCGGAUGCUUGAGAUCACUUCAGCGUUUCUUUACGCACUUUUGACAGGCAGGGUUUUGCUCGUGGACCGUUAUAAGCAGAUUGCCAACACUUUCUGUGAGCCUUUUCCUGGAACUUCAUGGUUGAUUCCUUCAGAUUUCCCUCUGAGCUAUAAUGAGUUCACCAAGCAUAGUCCAGAGAGCUAUGGUAACAUGUUGCAGGAAAAUGUUAUCCGUGGCAACACAUAUCGGUCUCUAGCCAGUGCUAGGCCUCCCUAUGUGUACCUCCAUCUUGAUGGUGACUACGCUUUCCACGACAAGCUUUUCUAUUGCGAAGACGAUCAACAGUUCCUGCAAGGUGUGCCGUGGCUGAUCAUGCGGACCGACAUGUACUUUGUGCCGUCACUGUUUCUUAUCCCAAGUUUCCAAGAUGAACUGAGCAAGCUGUUUCCUGAGAAGGACACCGUUUUCCAUCACUUGGGCCGGUAUCUUCUUCAUCCAACAAAUGAUAUCUGGUAUUCGGCGACAACGUACUACAGGGCCUACCUUGCUAAAGCUGAUAAAGUAGUGGGGAUUCAGAUCAGAAUAUUUGAAAAGAAGGGCAUCUUGCAAAGAAAUGGGCCAUUUCCACACGUUUUAGAACAGAUCCUUUCUUGUGCUCAAGGUGAAAAGCUGCUGCCAGAAAUCGGUGUGACCGAUGAAGCUGCCGCUCGGAAUAACCGGACAAUCGCCGUUCUCGCGACCUCUUUGAGCUCUUGGUACAGUGAUCAGAUUAGGGAAAGGUACAGCGAGCACCACACCGUCGACGGCACCACGGUGAAAGUUUACCAGCCGAGCCACGAGGAGUACCAGAAGAAGAAGAACAGGAAGCACAACAUGAAGGCGCUGGCGGAGAUCUACCUGCUGAGCAUGAGCGAUGUGCUCAUCACCAGCGGCUUCUCCACCUUCGGCUACGUCGCGCAGGGCCUCGCCGGCCUCACGCCGUGGAUCAUGUACAGGCCCGAGAACCAUGUCGUGCCGGAGCCGCCGUGCGGCCGUGCCAUGUCCAUCGAGCCGUGCUUCCACCAGGCCCCCUACUUCGACUGCAAGGCCAAGAGGGACGCCGACCUGGGCAAGGUGGUGCCGUACGUGAGGCACUGCGAGGACGUCAGCUGGGGCCUCAAGAUUGUAAAUGAAACUCGGUUGUAGCUGUAAGUUUUCUUUUCUUUUCUUCACACGGUAACACAAUUGUUUGCUAAAAAAAUAGGGUAGGCUUCUUUUUAAUUUACAGGAAAAUAUGUUUCACGAAUUUAUUUCUUUUUUCCUCUCAUGCAUUUGAUCAGAAUUGUAGAUAGUUGAUAAACAGAUUCAUUAAUAGAAAAUACUAUGAUUACCA